AUGGGACCCAAAUGCAGCCGCAAAGAGACGGCGACGGCCAAGGCCCCGGCUCAGGUUGCUCCCGCCGAGCCGGUCGCCAAUAUGCAAGCCACCGGUGACACGGGCCCGAGGCAAGACGCGCCGACGGCUUCCCAGCAGGUCGGAUCUGCCAAGCAGGAGCUACCGACCUCCUCCGCCACCACCGCCGCUACCGCCGCCACUGUCGCCACCACCAUCGCCCCCAUCACCUCCGUCACCGUCCAGACCCCCGCCUCGGAGCCCCCCAAGAAGCUCUUCUUCACCUUCAAGCGACGCCGCUACUACGAGGACGUGUUCGCCGAAGUGAUUGACGUGGUCAGCGGAUUCGCAUACCUCGUCACCGAACAGCAGAGGAAGCAGUACCUCGCGUACGCCGCCAAAAAGAGGAAGUCGGCCAAGCAAAAGUCGACCACGAGCAUGAGGCAGCACACCGAGGCCGUCAACCGCCUCACCGAGGCCGGCGGCAGCAGAGCGCCCCGCGCCAGGAAGAGAAAGGUCAACGGCAACUUUUUCGACGAUUACGAGGACGACGAAGAGUCGAGAGAGAUUGACGCCGACGAGGCCAUCCUGGGCAAGAGGGUCGGAUCGGCGCAGGGCUGGAUUUUCCACCAAGACGCGCCGCUCAUGAGGUCGCCGCAGCGCUUCGAGGCCAUGGACUGCGUCGACCAGGAGACGCUCCAGAUGGCCAUCAGGCUGUUUGGACCCAAUAACACGUCCAAGGUGCCGGCCUGCCCGGGCAUCGCCGACGGCUCGCUGCUGGUGCUGCACUACGUCCGCCUCGCCCCAGAGUUCCGGGGUCACGGCUACGGCAUGCGCCUCUGCGCCGAGCUGCUGCGCCACUGGCAGCCUUACUGGAGCAAGGCCAUCCUGCUGCCCCUCAUCCUCAAUCCGGACCGCGACGGCAAGAUGGGCGCCGAAUACCAGGAGGCCAACCGCCGCCUCAGCGCCGCCUUCCAGAGGAUCGGCUUUGUCCCCCUCGGCUCGACCGACUACCUCUACCAAGAACAGGCCGGCUUCGACGAGCGAUACCGCAACUUCGACGUCAGGCGCAACACCAACGCCGACGUCGCGCCGAACCUGUGCAUGUGCGUCGACGGCGUCAGCGAGCGGAUGCGCCACGCCAUCAAGAUUGCCGCCGAGGCAGAGUACGUCAGCCUGCGCGAGAGCGUCGAGAUUGGCAACCGCGACAUGAGGCAGCUCGGCAUCUGCUACUCGCACGCCUUCCUGCCGCCCACGUCGGCCGACAACAUGGCGCACCUCAAGGGCCUGCUGCAUAUCGCCGGCACCAUCGGGACGCUGAGCCACCAGGCCGUCGCGCCCAGCCCGGCCAACGUCGCCGCGGCGCUCGAGCACGACGCCUUCUUCAACUUCAUCGACCCGGACGGCGCCGUCCUGUGCCGCGCCUUCCUCGGCCAGGGCGGCAGCAUCCUCGACGCCCUCGACCUGCUCCUGUACAAGGCCCGCAGGAAGGUCGAGCUCAACUUUGAGCGCGACCUCUACGAGCUGCCGGGCUGCGAAGAGGAUCCAGCCACCAACGCCUAUCUCGCCUGCCACCUGCCCAAGUGCGCCGAGCACGACGACGACUUUGAGGGCCUGCGCCAGCGAUGGUGGAGGGACGGCGGCCGGUCCGCCCACCAGCGCGGUCCCUACCGCGCCGUGCCCCUCAGCUACGCCGAGGGCCUCGACGACUACGACUACGACUACGACUCGGACGACGAAGAGCUGAUUGGUGGCGUGCCCGCGCGCGUGUGGUCGAUGUACCUGCUUGAGAGUGGGCAGAUGCCACGCGUCGGCACCCUCGACAGACUCUGA